CCAAUAUGACCCAAGAGGCGAUAUCACGGCGACUCCAUCCAGGUUGAAUAUCAAGUAUAUAAGAAGGCGACGCAGGCAUCGAUCAGGAAGAUAAAAAUUCAUCACAUUCGACCAUACUCCUCAACCCUUCACAGCUAGGUAAUUAGUAUUAUAUCUACCUAAGCAUUGAACACAAUCUUCCCCCUAUUCCAUGACCAUAAUGCACGCCCUCCAGCUCUCGGCUCUAGCAGCCACGGUAUUGUCUGGUCUUUCGGGAGCAGCUCCUGCAUCUCAACUAACAGACUCCUCGAUUACCGGUGUCCUUGGCUCAAGCUUUGGCAUUCCCGGCCGAGACUAUGAGUUCGACUAUGUUGUCGUGGGCGGUGGCCAGGCUGGUCUCGCAGUAGCAGCCCGUCUCGCCGAAGACAAAUCCCUAACUAUAGGCGUUAUAGAAGCCGGCGAUUUCUACGAGCUCACGAACGGAAAUCUCAGCGAGAUCCCUUCCGACGCAGCCUGGUUCGUGGGCAAGGAUACCAACGACUGGCAACCUGCCGUCGACUGGGGCUUCAUCACGGAACCGCAGCAGGCCCUCAACGAUGUCAAGGCUCACUACCCUCGAGGUCGAACGCUAGGCGGAUCUUCUGCCCGCAACUUCAUGGCCUACCACCUCGCCACAAAGGGAUCGUACGACCAGCUGGCUAAGGAAGCCGACUCGCCCGCUUAUUCGUUUGACAAAUUCUUCAAGUAUUUCACCAAGAGCCAGAAGUUCACGCCUCCCGUAGGCGGCACGUACGACCGCUUCACCAACUCGACGCCCCAGUACGACCCGUCCAAGCUCGGCACCCAGGGCGCCGUGUCCGUCAUCUAUCCCAAGUACGCCCAGCCGUUCAGCACAUGGGCGCGCAAGGGAUUGGAAGCCAUCGGUAUCAAGUCGCAACGCGGUUUCGAGAGCGGUAAGCUUUCGGGCGGAUACUCCUACGCGUUGGCCUCGAUUAGGCGUGAGGAGAACACUCGCGAGUCUUCCGAGACGGCUUACCUGCGUCCUCACCUUGGCGGACAUAACCCCAACCUCAUCACGUUCAUUUCGACACUAGCUAAGAAAGUGGUUUUCGACGGACAGAAGCGCGCUACCGGUGUGUUAGUCGACACUUUAGGCCUCCAGUACACUAUCCGUGCCCGCAAGGAAGUCAUCGUCUCGGCCGGAGCCUUCCAGAGCCCUCAGCUGUUGAUGGUAUCAGGUAUCGGACCCAAGGAUAUACUAGAGAAGUACGGUAUUGAGGUCCUUCAGGACAGCCCCGGUGUUGGACAGAACAUGAAGGACCACGUCCUCAUUGGAACUUCGUACAGGGUCAACGUCCGCACUGCCGCCGCCUUUGGAGACCCCGCGCAGGCGGCCCUAUUCGAGAAGCAGUAUGCGCAGGGUAACGGACCUAUGACAAGCAACGGUGUCGACCUUCUUGGCUGGGAACGUCUCCCCCGCAAACUCCUCAGCAACGCCACCGCUUCGGCCCUCGAGUCGUCAUUCGCGUCUGACUGGCCGGACGUCGAGUACCUCCCCGACGGCGCCUUCUUCGGCAACGUGAGCAACCUUCAACUAGUUGCGCCCAACGACGGAUACCAGUACGCGACCAUGCUCGCGGGGCUCGUCGCGACGCUCUCCAAGGGCAACGUGACCAUCCGGUCCAACGAUACGGCGGACCUGCCCGUCAUCAACCCGAACUGGCUCAGCCACCCGGCGGACAAGGAGGUCGCGAUCGCGGCCUUCAAGCGCACGCGCGAGAUCUGGACGGCGCCGGCCAUGCGGCCCGUGCUCAUCGGCGAGGAGUACUACCCGGGCAAGAGCGUCUCGACCGACGAGGAGAUCUGGCGCUACAUCCAGGACAACUUCUCCACCAUCUUCCACGCCGCGUGCACCUGCAAGAUGGGCCCCGCCAGCGACAAGAUGUCCGUGCUUGAUGCGAAUGCCAGGGUCCGCGGUGUUACUGGUCUCCGUGUCGUCGAUGCUUCGAGCUUGCCGAUCCUGCCUCCGGGCCAUCCCGUAUCUACCAUUUAUGCCCUCGCUGAGAAGAUCGCGGAUGACAUUCGCCAUGGCAACUAAAGCACGAGCGCCACACACGGUGCUUACCAUUUAAUUUGGAUGUAGAAGUAGACAUAGAUUUGUUAGAAAGGGCGCAAGCCCCGGGUUUCGGG